AUGGAUACUUCGGAGGACUUCGCGAGCCCGGAUGCGCCAACAUCCUCGACUCGAUCAGCCCCCGCAGACAGCAACGCCGCUCCUUCAGCGAUGCCAUCCCAGCCCGAGCGCUCGACCACUCCUCUCGGUCCCCCGCCGAUACCCAUCGGUAACGCUCAAGGGCCUGCAGAUCCUCCCUCGUCUGCAAUGAACAAGGGCAAGGAACGAGCGGACGCGAUGGACACGACGUCCGACGACGGAGUCCACGAUCACUCCCCCGGCCCCGCCGCGCAGAACGAGCGGGCGCCGCGCGGUCGCACAGGGGAAUUCACGCGCCGCGUAGGACGAGGGCAGCGAGACAGUCUGGCGCUAGCAGGAUACUCGCCAAAGGGAGAAGCUCCCGCUCAGGGCUCCCCGCUCCUUCCGCGUACAAUGGUUGUCCGCGAUCUGCGUCGUUGGGCAAAUGCUGCAGACCUGGAAUACGCUAUUCGGAUGCUGAUGGACUCUGUGGGCGAAAGAGGGCUGGGCUUGCUGCGCGCGCUGUCGGUGGGAACAGGCGAACCAGACCAUACGGGUCAGACCCCAACAUUCGACGUGUACUUCACGUUCGAUACUGUACGAGACGCGGCGCUGGCGAUUGAAAACGCGGGACGCCCAUGGGUCUUCCCUACGACCGGGCGCAGAACGCGGAACGCGCCAGCAGACUCACGCUUCUACGCCUUCAACAUCGAGCUAGUCAGCGAGGAGGCGGUAACGGAAGCGGAACGCGGCGCCGACGUGCUGCGCUACCCAUGGUUCAGUCUAUACGCGGGCUCCACGCACACUGCGCGCACUUGGGACAGGCGAGCCCUCGCAGCCCAGCCGAGCUACAGGCCUCCCUCUCCGCGCCCAAGCGAGCCGGCCCGUCCCCCAUCCACUCUCGCGCGACAAUCAGCCGCGCCCGCGUCUACGACGUGUACGUCCACGGAGCCGAGCUCGUCGUCAUCAUCCACUUCGUCUGCGGCAUUGACGGGAGGCCUCUUCGAAAUUGAGACGCGCAUUGACUUCGCGCUGGGCACCGUGACUAUCAGUAUCGACGACCUGCCCAGGCUCUCGCAGAUGGGCGUCGACGUCGCCAGCGCGGAAGCUCGGCUUGAUCUCGGUCAAGGCACCGCCACGCUGCCCUUGGACACCAUGGUCCGCGUCUUCGCGCCACGCGCUCAUUCUUCCUCUGCAAUGUCGCACAAGACCCUUGAGGACCGGCUUAGCGACCCGAGGCGCGGCAGUCGAGACAGCGAGACCAGCUCCGACAAGCGCAAGAAGCGACGGCGGAGAGGUUACACGCCGCCCAGCACUCUGCCCGGACCUUCCCGCCGUCGCACGCCUUCACCGCCGCCGCCGCCAGCCGCGCUCGCGAGCCGCAUUUCUUGA